AUGACACCAAUCGUCUUCCAAGCAACGGACCUUUAUGGUCGAGCCAAAGGAUCCGCCUUCCCUUUCAUGAUGGCAAUGUCCUUCGGCACGAACCUUGCAUACCUUCAACAAAAUCAAGCACGGCUGGUAAACGUUCUUCACGGAACACGGUUGAUCGAUCGCGCCUCUCUCCGGGACAUCGCAACCGCAGGAGGAUACAUCGUCAACACUACCACCGGAGCUAUCAAAGGCAUCAUGGAAAACUUGGAAGAUUGGUACAUGAAAUACGUGUUCUACGUCGGCAUCCCUAUAGCCGCAGCCAUGAUUUUUGCCGCCUUGACCUAUCGCGCUUGCAAACUGUGCAUCUUCCGAAGCGUCACCGCCAGUCUACCCAUAAACACGGUGGAACUUCAAGAUUUUCACACCAUCGACGGUGAAGGACGAAACGACGAAGAAGAGGAAGAAGCAGAAAUAGCCUACUACAGGAGCCACCAAAGGAAACUACAUCCCUCGUCUGAUGACGUACGUUCCCAUCGCAAUACUACUUGUCUGUACGCUGGCAUUAGAUACAGUGAACGCGACAACAAUGCUAGAGCGACCUCAAACUACACUUCCAUAUGUAGCAAUUACCCUAGCAUCCAGAGGACUUGUCGCUGUAUGUUACACAGGGCAACGAUUUCGUACAUCCCACAGUCUACACUCCACUACACCGACAGUCACAUGGCGAAGACCUUCCUCAGGAGCGCUCAAACAGCCAACGGCUCCAAGUUCAGCUUCUUAGGGAAGAUCAACCUCCGUGUCGGCAUUGGGAAACAUACGAUUCAGCACACCUUUCCAGCACUCAUUGGUUACGAUCUAAUGACCGCCCUCGACGAGCAAGGAGUACCUACCAUCCUCCACCCAAGCGAAGGAACUCUAGAAGUCGGAAACACUACAAUCCGCCUACUUCAACAAGGUGAAUCACCUUUUGCUACCACUUCAAAGAAGAUCAACGUCAUCGGCCAGCAAACGUGGUGGUACCAGCAAACACCACUCGGAGAGUUAACUUGGACCUCACUAACGACUCAGUGA